CGCUUUCUAUGCAGUUGCUGGAUAUCAAAUCCUUGCAAAUGGUCGUAUCGUAUAUUCUCAAGACAACGCAAGAGAAGAAGCAUAUAUAACUUCAAACUCACAAACUACCGAACAAAUAAAGAAAGUAGAUGUUUUCUCAAAGACU